AUGGCAAUAAAGAAGAGCAGAAGGAACAGAUUGCCAAACCUUCCGGAAGAGAUCAUCGUCCAAAUACUUUUGCGAGUCCCCUCCAAGUCCCUCGUCCGAUUCAGAUGCGUCUGCAAGUCAUGGCUCGCUCUAUUCGCCGAGCCUGGCUUUACCAAAAUGCGCGGCCAUUGUGGCCUGAUUGUAUCAACUUCCCAGCGGGGGCGACAAUCAGACUCAGUUAGAUUGGAUUUCGAAGAUUUAGAUAAUUGUAUUGUUAAUCUCCAUUUUUCACAGAUCCCAAGUCGGUACCAAACACUGACGGUGUUCGGCUCUUGUAAUGGCUUGUUAUUGUGCAAAUUCUCUUACUGUUCUGAAGACUUGUACUUAUGCAACCCUACCACUAGACACUGCAAAAAACUGCCACCAAGUGGUCGUUGGGUUGGUAACUUUGGCUUCUAUGGGUUUGGUUAUGAUUCCUCCAUCGAUGACUACAUGGCUGUGAAAGCACAUUGCAGCUAUUCGAAAAUUACUAAAACUACUGUAUAUAGAAUUAAACUGUAUUCACGAAGAACCAAUUCUUGGAAAAGGGCACGAGAUUUCCCUUACGCGGGAAAAAUUCUACAAGACAAGGGGGAAUUUGUUAACGGUUCUUUGCAUUGGUUAGGACUUCCGCUUGGUCAAGGUUCAAAAUUGUUCACGAUUACUUGUUUUGAUUUAGAGAAGAAGAAAUUUGGAGAAAUGUCAGUACCCGAUUGCGGAAAUAUUGAGAUUCGAAUGUUAAUUGUGGGGGUUUUAAAAGGGUGUCUUUGUGUAGUUUGUAGUGACCUGGAAAGAUUGGACAAUAUUUGGAGUAUAUGGAUGAUGAAAGAGUAUGGCGUGAAGGAGUCUUGGACCAAGUUAAUAACCAUACCACCUUCUUUAACAGAGCGGGAUCCACCUUGGCCUUUAUACAUCACAAAGAGUGGUGAACUUAUCAUGCAAGUGUGGAAUCGAGGGAUUGUCGAGUACAAUUUCGAAGACAAGACAUUUAAGGAUCUUUUGGUUGCAAAAUCUUUCAUUGAAUCAGCUACUUUUGACUGGAAUGCUAAAGACUCAUUCUUAUGGAACCCUACCACUAGACAAUGCAAAGAGCUGCCGCAAACCGGUCCUUCAGAGUUUACCUACAACUUCUAUGGGUUUGGUUAUGAUUCCUCCAAGGAUGACUACAAGGUGGUGAUAGGUCUUUAUGAAAAUAUUUAUGAAAAAGAAUUUGAAAUCCAAGUCUAUUCACGAAGAACCAAUUCUUGGAAAAAGAUUCAAGUACACCCUCGGACAUUAUUCUUCAUGGUAUCAGCGGUGGUGGAUCAGCGGCUGAGGGACGAUGGCGGCGGCGGAUCAGCGGCUGAGGAAGAGGGAUGA